AUGGCUCCUCGUCUUCCUCCUCUGUUCCGUCUCGUACCUCCUCGGCUCAUGGCGAAAAGCGGCUGUCACGAUUGCCGCCUCCAAGCCCUGCGUCUCCUCGUCGCUCGACUUCCGUCCCCGCCGCGCCCAAGAUGGGGAGCAUCGUCGAGUGAGAACGUCAGGACCUACCAGCCAUGCGAUGUCAAGCACAGCGAGCACACCCCGUGCGAGGACCCCAAGAGGUCUCACCGGUUCGACAGGAGGAGGCUGAUAUUCCGGGAGCGGCAUUGCCCCGAGAGGAACGAGACGCUCAAGUGCCGGGUCCCGGCCCCACCCGGAUACCGGAACCCAUUCCGGUGGCCCACAAGCCGGGAUAUGGCGUGGUACGCCAACGUGCCACACAAGGAGCUCACGGUGGAGAAGGCGGUCCAGAACUGGAUCCAGUUCGAGGGCGACCGGUUCCGCUUCCCCGGGGGCGGGACAAUGUUCCCUAACGGCGCAGACGCCUACAUCGACGACAUCGGGAAGUUGAUCGAUCUCAGGAAUGGGUCCAUACGGACCGCCAUCGAUACUGGUUGCGGAGUUGCUAGUUGGGGCGCUUAUCUUCUGUCUCGAGGCAUCCUAGCGAUGUCAUUCGCCCCAAGGGACACGCACGAAGCUCAAGUCCAGUUCGCCCUUGAGCGAGGAGUGCCUGCACAAAUUGGGGUCCUUGCAUCCAAGCGCCUUCCCUAUCCAUCCCGAGCUUUCGACAUGGCUCAUUGCUCUCGCUGCCUCAUUCCGUGGGACCUAUUCGAUGGGAUAUAUCUCAUCGAAGUGGAUCGAGUUCUGCGGCCUGGCGGGUACUGGAUCCUGUCCGGCCCGCCGAUCAAUUGGAAGAAUCACUGGAGUGGUUGGCAGAGAACAAAGGAAGAUCUGAGUGCUGAGCAGACCAGAAUUGAGAAUGUAGCAAAAAGUCUUUGCUGGAAGAAGCUGGUGGAAAAGGAUGACAUUGCAAUAUGGCAAAAGCCUAUCAAUCAUUUGCAUUGCAAGGUCAAUUUGUGCCCGUCUCAGGAUCCAGACAAGGCCUGGUAUACCAGCAUGGAAACGUGCUUGACUCCAUUGCCCAAAGUCAAAGACGGCCAGGAAAUUUCCGGGGGUGAGUUGGCUAAUUGGCCUGAGAGGCUGAACACAAUUCCACCGAGGAUCAGCAAGGGAACGCUGCCGGGCAUCACGGCCGAGAUCUUCCAAAGGGAGACGGCAUUGUGGGAGAGGAGGGUGUCAUAUUACAAGACCGUGAACAACCAGCUAGGACUCCCGGGGAGGUACCGCAACUUGCUGGAUAUGAAUGCCUACUUGGGCGGGUUCGCAGCCACGCUCGUCCAAGACCCCGUCUGGGUCUUGAACGUGGUUCCUGUGGAAGCCAAGGUCAACACUCUUGGAGCUAUCUACGAACGAGGACUCAUCGGAACAUACCAUAGCUGGUGCGAAGCGAUGUCCACAUAUCCGAGAGCAUACGACCUCAUUCAUGCCGAUUCCCUGUUUAGCCUCUAUCAGGACAGGUGUGAAUUGGAUGACAUAUUGCUUGAGAUGGACAGAGUUCUGAGGCCAGAAGGGAGCUUCAUACUGCGAGACGAUGUGGACAUGCUGGUGAAGGUCAAGAGGAUCAUUGACACGAUGAACUACGACAGCCAAAUCGUCGACCAUGAAGACGGACCACUCGUGAGAGAGAAGCUCUUGUUCGCCGUCAAGUCUUAUUGGACAGCUUCUGCUCCCUCAGACGAUCCGCACACAUCCUGAACACCACCAUAGAUAAAUUCCUCCCGCAUCUCGCCGACAGUUUUGUUUUUCUCGAAUCUAGAUUCUUAAAAUUCGACUCUUUCGAGUUUCAAAUGGCCCCGGUUAUAUGAUCACUUCACU